CGCACUCUCAACUCUCGGCGCCUCAUGUUGCAGUUGUUGUUCUUGUUGGAUCUCGCCAACGAGGAAGAAGAAGGAGAAGACGCCGCGCCUGCACUGCCGCCUUCCCGCUAGACAACACUGUUCAAUUCCUUUCUUUACUGACCCUCCCCAUCCAGCAACUCCUGCUCCUCCUGCUGCUGCCCAUCAUCAUCACCUUCAUCCUUCAUCCUUCCUCCCUGUUCUCACGAAAGCCUUGCCCGCUUUCCCGUCCGCCUGUCCUCUUGUCGGGCUGCUGCUUUAAACUAUCGACACUUGGGUUGUUUUCCAAUUUUCUCGUAUAGGAUCAGGGAGGGUGGUUGUAGUAGCAUCGGCGCGGUCGAACACACGAGCAGAACGAGAGAAGUGGGGAGAGAGAGAGAGAGAGAGGGAGAGAUAGAGAGAGAAGGAGUGGAGGAGGACGGGACAGGAGGCUGGUGGUGAGGCAGGAAUACAAUUAUCAGAAACAUCAAUCUACGAGGUGCGGAGUGGUACGUGCGCGGGGCUGUUGACGGGCCUGUAGGAAGUGUGAGGGAGUUGCGCACGGGGAGCUUGUCGCUCCUUAUCUUGCUCCCACUUUUGUGAGAGUGUAUUCUGGUUCGAGCCAAGGGACUAAAACACGCGACGAUGUUUUCUGCUGCCUCGUGUGCCUAAUACCUCUUGCCGAUAUCUACGGGCGGUUACUCUUCCGACUGAUUUCCUUCCCUCUUUUUCAUAGGCACUGCUCAUUUAGGGUAACCCUGUUCAUCAUCAUCAGCAGCUCCAACUCCUCCCUUUCGUCCCAAUUUACAUACCAUACCAUAUCAUUCCGGUUCUUGCUCUGUUCAUUUUGGUGGUGGUCGGUGAUCAUUUCUGUUCACAUUUGUGUUCCGGGCCCCAUCCUGCCCGUUUGGACGUGCGGCCACAUAGUUACGAGGUGAGCCGCGGGUGGAGGUUGUUUGUCGCUGUGGGCCGAACCUACGCACGCUCGCGCAUUGCCUGCAGGGUCCGGAAGUUCCGUUGCAUCAGCAAGCAAGCAUCUUACGCAGGAGAAGGAGAGAAGAGGAGACGAGUAGAUUUGCAGCGGAGAGAUUUUGGAAAAAGGCGGAUAUCUUUUAUCAGGGAGGAUACUCAUUUGUCUCAGCGAGGAGAACUGUGAAAAGAAGAGGAACUCUCGGUUUAAGCAUUCUCCAGGUGCAGCCACCCGUGGGCCAUCGGUGCCAUAUUUGAUCACCUCCGAGCCACAAAGAACGAACCAAUUCUCUGCGUUUUUGAAAGUUUUGCCGGCCGCUUCGUGAGCAGUAAUCCACUUCAUGCCAGGAACAUACCACGUGCCAGGCGCCUAUCAACUUGAAAUUCAUGUUCUGCCCAACUUAUCUCAUUGUGCACACUCGGCCUCCGCUUACUGUCCUCCCGAGGCGUCCCUGUGAGCGUGCUCGCUGUAAUCCCCGAUCGUGAAGACAGGCUGCUCCCUUCUAUCCACUGUUCCUUACUUGCAAUCGAGAGAUCCUGGACGGACGAGGGGCUAAAGGCCAGGAAAGAGGGAACUCUACGUCCAACAGGAGAGCACAGUUCCAUUCAGAUCUACCAACCCCUCGUCUAUCUAGAAUGCAUCGCAAUACUUGGAAUAAGCCCUUGGCUCCAGGGGUAGUGACUGAAAGGCACUUAGUUUCAAGACAGGAAGAGGAGAAACCUGCGAGCAGGAGUGCCGGUUCGCCACAGAAGAAUGGGUUGUCAGACGCACCCACUCUUACUGUCUCUUCCGGUCCUGGGUGGCAGCACGAUACAUCUGGCCAAUCUCACGCUUCAGGAAUUCGCGUUAAUGGUUUCCAACCUCCUCGGUACAAUGUGGCCACAACACAAGCUGCUGGGAGUGACGAAGCGCAUGGGGGAGCUCGACCAACUGAACGAGGGCCUCAUAUAGAUUCGAGCCUCACUCUAUCGAUUCCAUCCACCAGGGAGCAGCCGCCGACCUCUCAAUCCAGUGGCUUCGGCUCGCCAUUGCCUACCUUACUCAGGAUGCUGAAAUCUCCAGACAACUCUUUGGCAAUGCACGGUCAACGUGCCCUUCAGGGCCAACCUCCUCAACCUACAUUCCAAGGAGGUAGUCCGCAAAUUGGGUCAGUUCCAAGGAAUACCACCCCAACGCACUUGCCUGGGAGGCCUCCUACUGCGCAACUUACAAUAUUUUAUUCUGGAACUGUAAAUGUGUAUGAUGACGUGCCGGCAGACAAGGCUCAAGCCAUCAUGCUGCUAGCUGGCAGUGGGAAUUCGUGGUCAUCAAAUUUUAUGAACCCUCCUGCUCCAGUUGCAACGCGACCGGCUUCAACUGGAGGAGUUGCAUCCUCAUCUAGUGCUUCAGCACCUCCUGCUUCAACCCCAACUCCAUCAAUCCCGACUAGUUCAGGAUCAGGUUCACCGCUGGUUCCCGCAAUGCUGGUUGCAGGUGGUCUGAACAAGCAAGCAGUAGGAGCCACAAGAGGUGCCGCAAUCCUUCAUCAAGCUGAACUACCUCAAGCAAGGAAGGCAUCGCUGGCUCGCUUUCUGGAGAAGAGGAAAGACAGGGUUCGUGGAAAGGCUCCGUACGUAGCACCGACUUCUGCACCUGUUGCUAAAAAACCUGAAAGCACAUCACCUCCAAGGGAAAAGUCGCCCAGCCCUUGCACCAGCAAAGUUCGAACGAGAUCACCAUCACCUGCAAGCACAACCCCAAACAAGAAACGCUCGCCAUCUCCUGCCCAGCGACCUGGUCCAUCUCAGUCCAGCGGAAGUGAAACAUCUUCUCCAUCUCAAAUGCCUGGGACACCUCAAAAAACAAGUCAGGCGAACCCCACGGAGGAGCAACCAGCAGGAAGUGCCUCACGAAGACGGAGCAAAGAUGAACAGUCAGAUUGGGGAAGCCAACAGCACCCGCAACACUCUAAAGAGGAAAAGGCGGAGGCGAUGGACGAAGAAACUGGUUCACCCUCACAACGGCAUUAGAUUUAGUUUUCUGUUCUGAGGUACAUUUGAACAGUGUCUCGAGGAUUCUGCUCGAAGAUCUUAAUGAAGAACUUUUCCACAAAACGAUGCAUGAAGACAGCAGCGAGAAAUACAUAUUUCCUGCAUUUGGCUCUGAAGUUCUGUAAGUCUUGAGCAGUCUCAACAAGCAUCCUCCAUCCGAAGGUUGCUUCCAAUCUGCUGAAAUGGCUUCAUGAAAUUUUGACACAAAACAUAGGCUCGAGUACACUCUCCAACGAUCUGUAGCAUGAAAGCUUCUUGGAAUGACGAGGUGAUCGACAAGCACCAACUUUCUCAAGACGAAGGUCAAAAGGAAAGAUUUGAGUGUCGUCAUGAGGAGACCGUCCGAAGCACUUGCAGUGAUGGAGAAUGGAGGGAGGGCAGGCAAUGUUCUGAUGAGAACUUAUGAGCUUCUAGAUUAUAUGAGGUUCAUUGAACUGCCCGGGUCACUGUUGCUAGAAAGCCCAGAUGUCGUUUUCCUGGUUACCGAAGGUGUGUUGCACCUGUCUGCACGGACAUAAAUCUGGGGUUGUAUCCACUUAUUCGGGGUAAGGGCGGUAUUAUAGCUUUGUCCACCCCACUUUGUAUCAUUCUCGGAGGCCGAGAGUUUAGUCUCGCCACUUCCAUGUUCGGUGUAUACAACAGAUACAGGUAGAUCCGUUACAGAUGUUCGGGGGCUUGUAAAUCUAGUUAAGGUAAGCGGCAUUGUCCAAUGAUUCAUGUAAGACUCAUAAUGAGGAAUGGGAAUUACUGUGUAUCAUUACAUUUUGAUCUAUCAAUUCUGUCACAAGUC